CCCAACUGCUUAUAAGGGUAUUUUAGUAAUUUCCAAUUCAGCCUAAAUAGGGUAGGAUCGGUGAGUAUUUCUCAUUUUUAAUAACACAAGAAGAGGAAAAGCAGCAGCAGCAGCAGCAGAAGAAGUUUCAUCAAAACAAAUCAAUGGCGAAUAUCCAGUCGAUCAUUUCCAUGAUGAUAAUCGCCACCGUUGGAUCUUUCAUGAUGUGCGGCAUUGUAAGGGGUCAGGGUCCAGAAGCGGCAGCGGGCCCAGAACUAGCGCCCGCCCCAGCCGUUGAGGAUUGUAUCACGCCGCUCUUGAACUUAUCAGAUUGCCUGACGUACGUAGAGUCUGGAAGCAACGUGACGAAGCCGUCAAAGGGGUGCUGCCCUGGAUUGGAGGGCCUGAUUGGGAGCUCGCCCAAGUGCUUGUGCCAGCUUCUUGCAGACCCCAACAUCACCAGCAGCUUUGGUGUUCAGGUCGAUCCCUCCAAGGCCCUCAAACUGCCCACCAUCUGCAAGAUCGACACUCCCGUCAGCCUUUGCGCACUGCUCGGAGUUCCAGUUGGAGCCCCCACAACAGGUGGUGGAUCAACAGCAGCGUCAUCCCCGACCGCCCCCCCACCGGAGAAAAGUCGAGGCGGGUCCCGCUUCUCGAUCUCGGCAUUGGCCAUUGUCUUCAGUUUAUCCGGUGUUGCAGCUGCAAUAUUCUAAAAUUUCAAUGGCUUUCAUUCCUCUAAGCCUCAUUAGGCCAUUUUAUUUUAGGUUUUAGUUUUUAUUCCAUCUAUUUUCUCCAUUUUUACAUUGUGAGUCUGAGACUGCUUGUGAUUAGUAAUAUUUAAUAAUCUCAUUUUAAGGUAUUUUGUUUAAGCAAUAAAGCGAAUUUUAAAUUAAUCCUUCCAAAUGGUGGGACCCAGUUUAGAUGGGUCCUAAGUUGAAAAUCAGACUGACUGGAUGGUUUUAGCCUUUUCUUGAUGGACAUUUAUUCCUUGGAUUUGCAGCA